AUGGAGAAGGAAGUCGAAGAGACAAUCGUUCAAGACGAUGGAAGAGCGGAGGGCAAGCACGCCGAAGCCGCAAAACUAGCCCUGAUCAUGGUCGCCAUCUGUCUCACGGUGCUGUGUGUAUCACUGGACAACACGAUCAUCUCCACCGCCAUCCCUCGCAUCACGGAUGACUUCAAAGCGUUGAAUGAUGUUGGCUGGUACGGCUCUGCAUACCUCGCUACGACCUGUGCGUUUCAGCUCUUCUUCGGGAAAUUGUACACUUACUUGCCUGUUAAGUGGGUCUUUCUCACAGCCAUCUUUCUCUUUGAGAUCGGGUCUGUGAUCUGCGGUGCUGCGCCAACCUCGAAUGCGUUGAUAGCUGGCCGUGCGAUUGCUGGAGUUGGAGCCGCCGGGGUCUAUUCCGGCGCAAUUCUCGUCAUUGCUGAUACUGUUCCGCUGCACAAGCGGCCAGCCUAUGUCGGGAUGGUUGGCGGAACGUAUGGGCUGGCGAAUAUCGUGGCUCCGCUAAUCGGUGGGGCUCUCACUGAUAGAGUCUCCUGGCGGUGGUGCUUCUACAUUAAUCUGCCGAUGGGAGUGUUUCCGGUGUUGUUUAUCUGUAUUUUCUACAGAGCCGCUGCGAGUGCACGGCAGCUGGCUUCAGAAUGGAAGACCAGAGCGGUGCAGCUAGACAUCUACGGUACGGCGAUCUUCGUCCCCGCCCUAUUCUGCCUGCUUGUGGCGCUGCAGUGGGGUGGCAGCAAGUAUCCGUGGUCUGAUUCUAGGGUCAUCGCCUUGCUGGUCGUAUUUACCGUUCUGCUCUUGGCUUUUGUUGGCCUUCAGCGGCUGGAAAAGGAGAAGGCGACCGUACCUCCGCGGGUUCUGACACAACGAACCGUCGCCUCUGCAACCUGGUUUGCGUUGAGUCUCGGAGCGGCAUUCUUCAUCUUUGUUUUCUUUCUUCCAAUCUGGUUUCAGGCUAUCAAAGGAAACAAUGCCAUCCAAUCUGGCAUCGAUAUCAUUCCAACGGUCCUCGCUGUCGUGGUAUUCUCGUUGGGUGCCGGUGCUAUAGUGACUUACAUCGGGUUAUUUGCGCCCAUCCUCAUCGCCUCUACAGUAUUGAUGGCCAUCGGCGGCGGAUUAUUAACCACGCUCGAACCUGAUACCGGAUACAGCAGGUGGAUAGGAUAUCAAGUCAUCUUGGGCGCCGGACUGGGACUUGGCUGGCAGCAGACCUUGAUAGCCGUGCAGGCCGUCUUGCCCGAGCAGGAUCACCCGAUUGGCACCUCCAUUGUGAUAUUCUCGCAACAAGCCGGCGGUGCAAUCUUCGUGUCGGUCGCUCAGAAUGUAUUCAACAAAAAGUUGCUUUCGGGCAUCCACGCCUUGAUUCCAGAUCUGSAUCGUCAGGUGAUCUUGUCAACGGGCGCCACUUCUCUGGCCGAGAUGAUUCCAAGGCAGUAUCUGGAUCAAGUGAAGAUUGCGUACAAUGAUGCUCUUGUUGAUACCUUCUACGUUGCGACGGCGAUGGCAACGGCGUCGGUGUUUGGAGUCGUCUUUUUGGAGUGGAAGAAUAUAAAAAAGCCAAAGGUUGAUGAGAUUGCAACGACUUGA